AGAGGAAAAAACACGUUUUUUUUUAAUUUAUAGAUAAAAAGUUGAUUUUUUUAUUUGUUGCGGUGUAUUGAUUUGUAUUUUCAUGUUUAUUUUGUGAAUUUUUUUUGGGGGUCAGAUUAACGGAGAAGAUAUCUGAAGUAGAAAUUGGGGGAAUCGAGAUUGAAUUUGGAAUCGGGAACCUUCAUUUGAGGUUAAAUAGGGAGGGAGGGAGGGAGAAUCCAGAGAGAUAAAGAGAGAAAUUAGUUUGAUGUUCAAUUUGCAUUUCGAUCGUUUGCUCGGCGAUGGCGGCGGCGGGAACAGCAGCUGUUGUGGUGAGGCGGAAGGAGCGGCCUGUUGAGGAGCUUUACAAUGCGACGGAGAAAACCUAUGAACCAGGAACAUUUUGACGUGCUUUUUAGAUCACACCUGUUUUAAGAGGGUUUUACUGCAUUCAAGGGCCUUUGGAUGAAAUGGAUCAGAGUGUUCAGAAGAAUACAGUGAGAACAGGGUACCGAAAACUUUAAAAAGAUUAAUUAGGCAGUACAUGAGCCAAAAGGAUUGUGCAAAAGCAGAAUCUGGAGUCUGCAACGUGUUCUCUGCUCCUUGUUCAUCUUGUAUGCACCUAAGCAUAGCUCAGAUGGGAUCAAAGAGUGAUGAGUUUUCUGAUGAAACUGAUCAUGUUGCUGUUGCAUGCCAGUAUUCGAUCAAUGAGGAUAAAACAGGUGACAGCUUAUACCAAAGCCCCAGUGAGGCAAGUGAUUUACUCGAUGUCAAUUCAAGCCAUGAUCCCUACUCUGAAAAUUUAGAAAGUAAAGCAACGGCACGACCAUCUUCCAAAGUUGUUGAAAGCCAUGUUGAUAGUAUUGUAUGUGCUGGUAGAGCCAGUGAUGCAAAUAUAGCUUUUAGUUAUUGUAACAAGGAUUUAGACUGUAAGAAUUCAUCUCAAAGUCAUAGCUCAGCAACAGUUCGUAGUUUAGGAUGCGGAAAGGUGCCCUCUUCCCAGAAGUUAGACUUUUCAGAACUUCCUUCUAUUAAGGAGGUUGAUUCUGGCAGUAGUUCACCUAGGAUCGAAAUUCCAUAUUCACAUUCUGGAAGCAGCAAGAGUGCUGUUGGAGGCAACAAACCUGAAAUUUCUCCCAAAAUCUAUCCUAAGUUAGAAGCAGAUAUUGAUGACAAUAGUGAGGACGCACUAUAUAAAACUGGGAGAAGUUUGAAGGAAGAUGAGCUAGAUGAGUCUUUGAAGUUACCUGAAAAGCACAAGUCUCCUUUGGAAACAGCUUCUCUGGAUGAGGGUUAUGAGUCCGAUGCCUCAGAACAUGAUGUUAAGGUAUGUGAUAUUUGUGGGGAUGCAGGACGAGAAGAUUUGCUUGCAAUAUGUAGCAAGUGCACUGAUGGUGCAGAACACACUUACUGUAUGCGAGAAAUGCUUCGGAAAGUUCCCGAAGGUGAUUGGCUCUGUGAAGAAUGCAAGCUGGCUGAGGAAACUGAAAGCCAAAGGCAAGGUUUGGAUGCUGAGGUAAAAAAGGCAAAAAAACUUAGCUCAAGUACACGUAUCUUAGGUAAGAGACAUGUUGAAAAUCUUGAGGGUGCUUUGGCUCCAAAAAGGCAGGCUGUUGAAACAAAUAUGGGAUCACCAAAAUCAUUGAGCCCCAGCAGAGUAUCUUCCUUGUCUCGAGAGGGUUCAUUUAAGAACUUAGAUAAGGGGAAAGUGAGGCCAUUUCCGCAGAUUUCUCUUGGCAACCAUUCUGGUAAUGAUGUGCCAGAAGCUGUAUCCUCUCCGAAUUCUGCUCCACGGCUGCAAACACCAAAGAGGAGCUUAUUGAAAUGCAAUUCAUUCAACACUUUAAAUUCCAAACCUAAAGUGAAGCUUGUAGAUGAGGUUGUUCUUCAGAAAUGUAAAAGUGCUAGAGAACAUGCAUCACUUGGUAGCAAGGAGGAACCUGCUAGAAUGAUUGGCAAAUCAAUGUCAUUUAAAUCCGGUAACUCUGGACGGUUAAAUGCUGGGGAAUCAAAUUUUAAAUUGCUAUCAUCUAAAUAUCCUCAUGUUCAAGAUCUGAAAGGAUUAAAUAACGUUAAAGAGCGGAUAUCAUUAGAAAGGAAAAAAAUCACGAAAUUGGACCACUCUAGUCCUACCGUUGUGACGCCUAAGGUUGAUCAGAAACUUACACCUCGUGCUGAUGUAAUUUCUCAUUCAUCUGCAAUCAACCACCGGGAAACUAAGGCCGUUCAGUCUGAUGGAAGACCAAAUACUUUAUCAAGAUCAACUAGCAGUCUAGCUCGUAGAGGUGUCGGAAAUGCAGUUUCUUCUGUUGUUUCAUCCACCAGUGGACGCAUUUCUUCUGAACAGAAGUUAAACCAUGUGAGCCUGAAGGAGGAAACCUCAUUAAGUUCUUCACAGGUGUUUGAGAGGCAGCCUAGUAACAUUAAUGGAGUUAUGUCAGAUGCCCUUACUCAGUCAAUCGAUUCAACAAACCAGAGUGAGAAAACAAGGGAGAGUGCUGUUAGUCGAUCCUCCAAAAGAGUUCCAUGUCUAAAAUGCAAAGAAAUGGGUCAUGCAGCUGAAUAUUGUUCAGUCUGUCUGGCUUCUGGUACUGAUCAGUCUGCUCCUAGAACUUCUUCAGAGGUGAUAAAUAAAGGCAAUAAGUUAAAAGCUGCAAUUGAGGCAGCUAUACGUUUGAAGCCUGGAAUAUGUGAAAGAACUUCUCAAGAUCUAUCACCAAUUUGCAAUAAGGAAAAGAAUGUGAUUUCUGUUGAAGAUAAAGAUGAAACACAAGCAAAUAUUUGUAAUCAGGCUUCCACUGGUAGUAUGAAGCUGCUUAAUUCACAUUCCACUGAUGCUGUCUCUGUAGUUUCUUCUGUGGGCAAUCUUUCAAUCAGAGAUAUCCACGCCCCUCCUUUAGCCACAGUAUCUGCUGUCUCAAAGAUGUCAGCCAUCCCAGAACAUGAAUACAUCUGGCAGGGGGCUUUUGAUGUGAAUAAAUAUGGAAAACCUCCUGUGUUUUGUGGUGGUAUUCAAGCCCAUAUCUCAACCCUUGCAUCACCUAAAGUGCUGGGUGUUGUUAACACAUUUCCCCCCAAAGUUUCAUUGACUGAAGUACCUCGCUUGAGCACUUGGCCGACACAGUUCCAUACUGGUAGUCCUAAAGAAGUUAAUAUUGCUUUAUACUUCUUUGCCAAAGACCUUGAAAGUUAUGAUAAGAACUACAAGAUGCUUUUGGAUAACAUGGUCAAGAAUGAUCUUGCCCUCAAAGGAAAUUUUGAAGGUGUUGAGCUUUUGAUAUUCCCCUCCAACCAGCUUCCUGAACAUAGCCAGCGGUGGAAUAACUUAUUAUUUCUUUGGGGUGUUUUCAAGGGAAGAAAGUCAGUCUGUUCAAAUUCCUCAAAGAUGGUGUGCAAUCGUGAUGCAAGUAUGGUACCUUUGGAGAGUCAAAUAUAUACCGAUUGUCCUCAGCCGGCAGAUAAUGAAUCAGCGACUUGUGACAAUUCGUGCAAUGUAGUCCCAGUGACCACUGCUUUCGAAAAGACAUGUAUCUCUACAGUUAGUGUCAGUGAUAAUAAGGUUUCUUCUUUUGAGCAGACAUAUGGUGGUAUAAAAGCAAAAUUGGAGGAGCAAGACGGCAAAGUUGACCCUGAAUUCUUGUCUAGAAUUGCAACAAGCAGCACAGAGGUACAUACAAAAAUGAAAUGCACCAGUACUCCGGAAGAGAGCAAAUUUCCAGGUUGUAGAUCCGACCCCAAUCUUAAACCUUGCCUUCAAGCUACUGAAACCAAUACUGGUUCUUUCAAAGUUGAGGAGGAAAUGCAUAUGGCAGAAGGUUAUCCAUCACUAAAAGAUCGCCCUCCCGGAAAACCAAAGAUAGUUGUUGAGGAGAAGGUUGAUGGGGAUUGUGUUAAAAUUAGGGAUUCAAAGGAUAAUGGGUGUGCUGCUUUUAAGACUUCUUCAAAUACAGAUCUCGACUGUUCCCAAUAUCACCCAUCUCUAAUAGAUGUACCUACCGGAAAACAAGUGGCAGUUGUUGAGGAGAAGCCUGAGCAGGAUUCUGUUAAAAUUAGGGAUUCAAAGGAUGAGUGUGCUGAUGGGAAGACUUCUUCAAAGAGAGAUCUCGGGUGUUGGCAAUUGAAUCAUCGGAAACGCCCAUACAUCGAUCUUACAGAACCAGUUUCUGAAGUUUAUACUGUUACAAGUCAAAAAAUGCCAUGGAGCGAGGCGACAAGAGUUCCUGUAGAUAGAGGGAAUGUUAAUAAAAAGCUGAAGAUGGGUUUCAGCGAAAUAUACCAAUAUAGCAGUGCUAGAGAUCAAGUUCCUUUUAGUGAUAGUUUAGCAUCAGAUAGACACAAUCCAGGUUCUGGCUCUUCAGUCGAAGAGAAGAGAUGUAACAAUGCCUGUGAAGAAAAGAUAAUCCCCGAGGAUCUGGGAAAUAGUGAAGGUUUAUUCUUUCCCGUGGAUUCAUGUCGUGCAGGGGAAUACCGAGUUCAUGACGUCUCUCCUAAUCUUGAACUUGCUUUGGGGGCUGAGACGAGACAACCAAACAAGGGAAUCCUGCCUUUCUUUGUUGGAGCAAUAGACAAAAGUGACAACCAGAACAAACUGCAUAAUAAGGUAACCCGAAAGCAAGAGGAGGAUGUAUCUGCCCCCCUCUCCCUCUCCCUUUCCCUUUCUUUCCCUUUCCCGGAGAACGAACGGGAUGUGAAACCCGUUCCUAAACCAGAGCAGCAGCUGCCCGAAAGGCAUCCUGUGAAUACUUCACUGCUACUAUUUCGGGGCUUCCCGGAAAAAUAGGCUCAUGGUGAGUUUCUUAGGCUAUUGUGUCCUACAUGAAUGUGGUAAAAAUGUAUACUAUGGGCUUGCAUUGGGGUUUUUUUCCGGAGAAUCCACAUUUCAAUCUGUUCAUAACCCAUACAAAACUUAGCAAUUAACUUCUCAUCUGUUAUUUUUUUGUUUCCUUUUCUCGAGUGCAUAGACAGUCACGGCUGUUUGUAUAUAAAGAGAUCGAAAGCCGGCUUACUUCGGAAUGUCGACAAGAAAUUUGCAAACCAAUGCUCUGAUCAUUUGAUUUUCUUCUUCUA